AUGGCAGAAACUGAGAAAUCAAAUAUCAGUUGUAAUACUACAUCAAAGCCUCUCAACGGACGUUCUCAGUUAAGGCAGCAGCAGCAACCACAUACUCUUCAAAACUCAUCUCACAAACCUUUAUUCGAGCUAAUCAACAUUCAUAAUAGACUUGUACUGGAUAAUGUAUAUCUGAACGGUCUACAUUCUCUAAGACGUUUUGAAAUACGCAACAUAUCAUCUCAUAGAAUACUUGUAAAGUUACGUUCGAACUUGGGCUCUCAAAUUGCUUUUCAACUGACUAACGAGAAUCUGCCAGACUUUGACACACAAAAAUCGUCUGUGUCACCUUGGGUUACUCCUGCUGCGUCACAACACAGUGAUUUGGAUAAUUACGCGAGCGCAUCUGAAGACUUUAGCGGAUCAGAUUCCCAAAGAUUAACGUUGUCAUCGCCAUCACCACCUCCACAUUUACUUUCUUCUAGUACAACUAUAAAUCCUUUAAAUAACAUUGCGACGAAUACUGUGGCGGCUGCAGCUGCCGGCGCAUUUGGUGAUAGCGUAAAUGGACACCAAUUUAAUCAACUUUUUAAUUACGUCAAUCAUAUUGAUGAAGUAGAAAUUCAACCGGGACCGACUCAAAAAAUAAUCCUGGCAUUUCUACCGGAUGCACGUAACAAAGCUCAUAGAUCAUUGAAAAUCGAUCAUAAUAUAUCGUCGCACUUAAGAGAGUCAUCCAACGCGUCUUUCUCACACGCUACAAGUGACGGAGAUAAUGCUGAGACAAUUGAAGAUGUUGAUCAAAAUGCAAAUGUUUUCUUGACUACGGCUGAAGAAGAUGAAACUCAUGAUUUUUUUGAGGUUAAUGGACUUUUGUUCUUUUUUGCAUAUGAUCUUGAUAAAGAAUUAGAGAUUUCAGCGGACGAUGAGCAAGGUAUCAAAUUGGCUACUACUAAUGAAGAGGAAGAUUUUAUACCAGCCACAGAGAAUCCUUUCCAGGUUGUUCCUUCUACGAGUACUGCAUCGGCUACUGCUGAUCAAGUAUCUUCAACACAUCCAAGUACCAUUAAUAAGCCAAUGAAAUCGGAGGCGGAUGCAAGCAGUAGUAGUAGCAUUUUAAAAGCAGACUAUCAAGUAACCAUUAAAUUUCGAUCUACCGUCUGUCGUUCUGUAUUAUGGACAGAUGUUGGUGAAACGGGGAUCAAUUUUUACGAUUGUGUGGUGGGUGGAACCUAUUUCAAGGAUUUCACAAUCUGGAAUCGAUCAGAAAUAGAAUUGUAUUGGUUAAUCAAUACGGUCGAUCUAUCUAAUUCGGAAUGUGAAGAUUCGCUUAAAUUUACCGACUAUGACACGGGUGAAUUAUUGGAUGCUAAACCAAUUCCAAGUUAUUCGCAUCGAAGAAUACGAGUAACAUUUCGUCCAAAAGAAAUUGGCGAAUUUAAUUACGAUCUACAAUUGGAGAAUUCCAAUGAUCCUUCAAAUGUAUUGGAAAGUCGUAUUCACGCGGUUGUAAGAUCGGUGUUACGAGAGGAAUCACUUGUAGUCAGCAGUGGAAAUGUUCUCGAUUUCGGGGAUUGUUGCGCUGGUUGUUGGAGUAGACAGCAGUUAGUAUUGAAAAAUGUUAGUGAAUCAUCUUUGGAAAUCCAUUUUUCUGCAGAAGAUGCCGAAAUAUUGUUUCACUUGAGCGUAGAAGAUUCGAUAAUGGUCGAUAACAAUAAGAACCGAAUUGCAGAUGCAAUGGUCGAAGAUUCUUCGAAUCAUUAUAGAGUAAAAGAUAGUACUUCUGCUGUAUCGGGGAGCAUUUCAAACACCAGCACAGCGAUAAAUAUAGUUGAAAAUUCUAUGCCGAAUAGCAUCACAAGUUCUCGAGCAGCUUCACCUCUUCCAUUAACGAGAGAAGGUGACACGUUAAAUUCACCGACUGAAAUUUCAAGUCAACCACCAUCACGAUCGACAUCAAGAUCUACAAGUCGUCAUCGAUUUAAUUUGUUUGAGGACUCGGAUUUUGAAGGUCCACUCACCGGUAAUAACUCUGACGUUGCUUUUACACCUAAAGGCGAGAUAUUUAGAAAGGGCGAUUUGUACUUGGAUAAUCAAGAGGAAGUAACUCAAAUCGACGAAGUACUCCUAAGACCUGGUCAAGAAAGAACUGUGCAGGUCUCUUAUCGACCAGAAAAGGAUUCAUCUGCCAAUGACUUUAAUGCUGGUCAUCUUACGCGUCGUUCUUUUCGUAUUAUAUUAAAUUAUGGGCCAGUUAAUUCAAAGAUGGGUAAUUUUGAGAUUAGCAAAGAGCGUAAGAUUAUUAAAUGCAAAGCUCGCAGUUGUACCUCGUUCGUGAAGGUAGAACCAAAAGAGGUGAAUUUUGGUGAUACUGAUGUGGGAACUUUGAAAUCGAUGCCAAUAACGAUCACAAAUUUGUCCGAAUUAACGGCUCACGUCGAAUUGCAAUUCAUUUCAAAAGUGUUAAGUUGUAAUCGUGAUGAAAUUACAAUCCCACCAAAACAAUCGAUCAAAGUGAAAUUGGACAUGUAUCCAAGAAAAGUUAAUGUCGAUUAUCGUAAACAAAUUACAGUGGUCAAUUUACAAAAUCGUGAUAAUGAUCAAAUAAUUGAAGUGAGAAGCACAAAUAUCGAUAAGAAUCGAGUCACUUUCCACUCUUUAUUCUAUCGAAUAUUAACCGCAAAUGUUAGUCAUUAUCUAAAUUUUGGAUCGACGGUUUUGAACUCUCCUCGAGUUCGUACUUUCACAAUUGACAACAUUAGCAAAAAAAAUCUAGUGUUGGAGCUCACUUCUUCCUUGCCUGAUGAGAUUGUGAUGUAUCAGAAGCAACAAAAUAUUGACGAAACUACUCGCUCAAAUGAUAUAACUCAGACUAAGAAUGGCGCAGCAGAAGGGACAGCUGUUAUGAAUGAGGUAUUACCUAGAAGUGCUCAAAUAGAAAGACGAGAGAAACUUUUGGAAUCGAUAGCUGAUCGACGUUCAGUAAAGAAACAUAUAUCUGUUGUUGAAGGCACUGGAGGUUCGAUUUCUAUGAAUAGUAAUUUAUCAAAUCCUAUGUUAGUCGGAGACACAAGAAGUAGUGCACCUAAUCUUCCCGAUUUUGCUACUGUUGAUCUUUCUUCCAUUACCACGGCUUACCUCGAUCUUGCAUCAUCUUCCCUUAAAGAUAUACGAAGAUCGCCUCGCAAAAGACCCCACAAAUUGCCAUUAGGGAAAGGUGGACAUGCAAGUGGCCCUGCAAUUGAGCGGGUCAAAGAAACUGAAAACAUGUUUAGCGUGGUAACAAGUAAAUCCAAUCAAACCUCCUCUUUUUCAAUAGGCAGUAGUAGCAUGUCAUCCAAUGAAACCAAGGAAGCUCAAGCUAACGAAGGGUUCAAAAAACAAUUACCGCCUCGCGUGAGUGAUAUGGAACAAAAGAAUUUGAGUAUGCCUAAUGUAAUUUCAACACGGCAUAACAGAAAAGAAAAAUUCGCUGCACCAAUAGAUUUUUCAAGAAUGUCUCUUGAAUCUUUAAUCGCAGCACUCGAAAUAAACAAUGUCACUACACCGCCAUUGUUUCCAAAACCUUCAAUAGAAGAAAUGUAUGUUCGCAAUCAAAUGGGCAUUGUCCGCGAAUUAAGGCAUCGAAUCAAAGAUCAAAUAUUAGUUCCGGUCAAAUUGAUUGAAAUCCCACCCGGAACGGAGAGACAAAUUAUAGUGGUAUUCACACCUAAUGGACGAUUGAAACCAUUAGUUCAAGGGUUACCACGGAAGCAAGACGCUAGAAUAUUUUUGCGAUUAAUCGAAUUUGAUCGAGAUAUUGAACAACCUCAAUUCGAAAGCUUGAUACACGGUGACUUAUCACAAAUUCCUGUUCGAGAGUUGCUUGUCCGUUCUACUUUAUGUAGAUCAAUUAUGGUUAUAGGCCAAAAAAACAUAAAUUUUGGUGUAAUAGAUAAAAAUGAAAAUCGAAAUAAAACGAUCGUUAUUCAGAAUCGGAGUGAGGUCCCUUUAUUGUAUACUAUACGAAAAUCAGGAUCCAUCGCUUCUGGUGAUAUUGUUUUUGGUGAUGGAAGAUAUGGCGUAAUUCGUGGAUACGGAAAAAAAGAAGUAGAAUUCACAUUUGAUCCUAGUCUUCCCGGCGCAUUUCAUGAGAAACUCAUUAUUGAAAAUAUUCAGGAUCGAGAGAAUGAUCAAACUGUUUACGUUAAAGCCAACAUUCGGAAGCAUUCGAUAUUCUCAAUCCAACCAUCAAAUAUUAAUUUUGGCCCGUGUCCUAUAAAUAAAAAUGCUACUUAUGUACAGCAUAUUGUAAUUAGCAAUAUUGAUAAGCAACCACGGACAUUUGAAGUUAGAGUGGACCCAAAAGAACUCCAAUAUAAUUACUGCACUGGAGAAGUCCAGUUUUCUAUUCAAGACGAUAUCGAGGGAGGAUUUCAAACUAGUGGUCUGGUAAGCCAAGAAAUGGAAGAAGAAAUUGAAAAUUUGGAACAAAAAGUAAAAAUAGCGAAGCGCAAGGGUCGUGAAGACAAAGUAAAAAAACUUGAGAAAAAAAUAGCUAGAUUGCAACGAGGUAAGGUGGGAAGAGAAGAGGAAGAUGAAUUCGAAGGAAAAAAUUCAUCACUUCUUAUCAAAGACGAAAAAUUAGAAAAAUUGAGUGAUGGACGGAAGACUCCCUCAGAUGAUGUUGCAGUAACUGAACGUUUUUCAGAUCCUAAUAUGGCAAUAACGAAGACAUCUACGCAUGAUGUCAGUGGAAAGAGUCUUCAAUCAUCUCACGAACGCGCAAAUUCUAAUGGCAAAGAAGCAUCUAAAUUUAGAAAAACAUCGACAUCGAUUAUUUUCCCUUUGGCAGCUCGCACCACGAAAACUAUCUCUGUAUCUUUUAGAGCAGUAACGACUAGUACGUCUUCAUCGCCAGCAGAAUUUGAAUCUGCACAAGAAAAUGUGUCCGGGCAUAUUUUUGUACACGAAUAUAAAAACACGGAUGAUCUCAAGACGAUAGAAUUCAAAGCACUAGUCUGUUAUGACUAUUCGAGCCUUUUGCAAGCUAAAUCGCGAGAACAAGAUUCAUCUGUCGCUAAUGUAAAUGAAAGAGAAAACCAGUCACUAAGUCGUCGAUUACUUGAUUCUUUUGCUCCACCACCAUUAAAUCAUAUACUUGAUGCUAUAUCCGCUAUAUUUCCAGAAACAACAAUCAAUGAGUUACCAUCAUCUAUAGGGGUUCCACGUGUACUGUUUCCUGAGCAAACAAUUGAAUCGUCAAUCGACUCCUUAGUGUUAGAACCAUCGAUAUUAGAUAUAGGCCGUCUUGAGGUUAAUCAUGAACAUAAUUGUUACUUUAAGAUUUCUAAUCGGGCCGAUAUCGAUUUGGAAUACGAAAUAAUUAUACUCAAACAUGAAGCUUCCUUUUUCAAAUUUCAACAAACCCGUGGUAUCUUAUCCCCACAACAAACCAAGCGAAUUGAUUUCACAAUACUUGCUAAGCAUGUCGGACGCCAGGCGCAUUCAUUGAUAGUUCGAGAUUUGAUAUCAAAAGCUGAGUGUACUUUUAUUCUUCAUGGCUAUGUUCAUUACCCACAAUAUUUGAGAUUCCCUGCGCUUGGCGAUGAUGGCCAAUCCGAUUUGGAUUUGGGCUAUUGCUAUGUCGAUCCGGGUCGAAAAUAUUCUCAAGUGACACCUUUAUUGGUGGAGAAUAUCACGGAUCAAGACGUUUACAUUACUUGUCAAAGUAAUUUGUCAUUACAAGUGAUCAUUUUCCUUGACGAGCGUGGUGAACGUGGUCAAGUGGUGGAAACUUUGUUAAGAAAAGGGAAAAAGAUGACUGUAUGGGUCGCUUUGCAGCCUAAUUUGCUUCGAGGUAUACUUGGAACUGCAAGACGAGUUGAUCUAAAUAAUUCCACGAAUUCGAUUAUUACGCCGGGCAGCGUUGUUGUCGCUGAGCAUAAUACCAAUUUGAAUGCCGAGUGUCGUACCUUAAUUGGUGGCAUAAAAUUUUCUGUUCAAGUUAAAGAAGAAGGACCAUCACCAUUAGCAAAAUUAACAGGCACUGCUACUAAAUUAGAUUCCGAACAAGAAGAAUUAGUCACAGCGAUUAUGCAAACUGUGAAAUUCACUUCAUUGAUCGGUCAAUCAGUAUUGUCCGUAUCUGAAAAAAUUAUUACUUUAGGCACAACUUCGACAAUUGGCGAAACUUUUUAUGGAUCGUUUACAUUGAAAAAUCUUUCUAGUCAUUUACCACUAGACUAUUUAGUCGAGUCUCCAAGUGGUAGUAUUAUUCUAGAUAGAUCACGAGGUACUCUGGAAGGAUGGUCACGCAAAAGAUCUGAAUCAAUUACAGAACUUGAUUCUAGUAAAGUUGGAUCACCAUCAGAUACUUUGUCCGAUGAAAAUAAAUCUCAGGCUAUUAUUUCUUUCAAAGUCACCUCAUCAAAAUAUGGCUUAUUCCGUCAGAGUAUUAUUGUUACUAACUUGAAUAAUACAGGGCAAGUAUUUGAAGUUGAAGUGAGACUUUAUGUUGAUCCUAGCACUAUGAGUUUUAUGAAUAAAUCAAUAACCACAAACCAUCAUAUUAAUGUGGAGGAGGAAAACAUUUUGGUAGAAAGUCCGAAGGAAAUUGAUAAAUUGCCAUCACUUGUUUGGGAUAAUGUAUAUGUGACGAUUGAGGAUGAACAGAACCCGACGGAAAAUCUCCAGUUGGAAGAACGUGAAAGAAAUCUGAAACUUCGAGCAGUAAUUCAAGAAGGUUAUCAGGCGGCAAAUUCACCGUUAUAUGAACAGUGUAUCGAAGUGAGUAAUAAAUCGUUGGUUGAUACGCUGCAAAUAGUCGCCAAAACUAAUUUGGACAUAAGUGUCAGAUGGGGUCCUUUCGGCGAACCAAGAAUAAUUAAUCAUAAUGAUGAUAGUGAAUUACCCUUUCAACUUUGUGGUCCUGUUCUUGAAUUGAAACCAAGCGAAAAAGCAUUUCUUUAUGUAACUUGUCCACAACCAAGCUCAUUAACUAAUGACCAGCUUCACAAAAUUAGCAAAGGAAAAGAAAGCAGCCUCCAAGGAGUUUUGUUGCUUUAUGACUUAAAUACCCAAUCAACCGUAAAAAUGAUCGAGCUAUUCGCAUAUUAUUGUGUAUCCAUAGGAGAACUAAGUCUUGCAGAAAUCGAUCUUGGAACGAUUGGCCACGCAAAUUCGUGGGCCGAUGUAAAAUUUCAAUUCACAUUACGCAAUAUUUCUGAUAUACCCUUGCAGUAUGAGCUUCAAAAUCCAGACUGUAUAGAAAUAUUAGGAAUUAUGAAUGAAGGAGGUUCCGAGCAACUCAAUCAAGAUAUAGUAUCUUUAAAACGUACGGUCAAUUCGCGAGCUGAUCAAAUAAUUACAGCUAUUCUUAAAACACGUCGUAUCGAGAAUUUUGAAGCGGGAAAACGUAACUUUCAGAUCAAUAUUUUAAACAUGUACAAUCCAAAUAAUGAAAUGAUAUUGAAUAUUGAAGCCACGCUAACUUUAUUCGAAGUGAUGUUUGAACGACUUGUCAAUGGAGAACUUGUUCUGCCUCCAUUAUAUCAUCCGAUUCCUCGGUUAGAUCUACCAUGUGACACUUGGUUUACUAUUCUUAAUUCAGGAGAUGAAGAUAUUCGAUUUGAGAUUGGAGCAGAACUUAGUCCAGAUGUUUCACCUUUUUUCAGAGUAGAGGUCUUGUCACGAUUUUCGAACUCACCUUUACUUGGUCAUGUGACCAUUAAUGCACAUAAUUCGAUAGAAGUUAGAGUAAGAGCUUAUCCUAAUGAAUCGCAGCGAUUACCCCGUGAUUCAUAUUAUCUUAUAAAUCCUGAUGGAAUUACUUUUGGCAAACUUUGGAUUGCAACUAAACAAUCAAAUCUUGAAGAAAGUGAAGGCGUGCAAAUUACAAAGACUAUACCAAUACGCGGAGUUAUUACAGAAUCUUCAACUUUUACUGUAUCAAAAAAUCGGAUUACUUUCAAGACUGCGGUAUAUAUUUCUGAUAACGAACUUAAUGACGCUCAAGAUAGUGAUGAGAAUGAGCAUCGAGCAUCGCCUAGUCGUAAACGAAGAAAACCUGUUACCGAAUACAGCAAUAAAACAAGCUGUUCGGACGAAUGGCAAAUACAUUCUGAUUCUUUAAUAAUGAAAAAUUUAUGCGCCCAAAUUCCACUAUUAUUCAAAGUUACGAUAGAAGGUCCAAUCGAGGUUUCAGCUCAUGAAAUAAUCUCAGUCUCUCCUUUAGAUGAUCAAGGAUGUGGUGUGGUGGACGCGGGGCAACAAGCCACUUUAAAUAUUGAGUUAAAGGGCUAUUCAGUUCCAGUAUCAGACGAUUUUAAACUUCAUAUUGAUGAUUUACAGUCUUUGUCAAGCCAGCGAUACACGGUUCUCGUAAGUAUAGAAUCCGAGGCGCGCGAUCACCGCAUUAAAGGAAAGAAUCAUCCGAAAGCCGAAGAUGCUGAAUCCAUUAUGGCAAUCCUGCCAGAGAUCAUACAAAAGCCUUUAGCGUCAUCACUUGAGCAAGAAAAAGCCUACCAGCCGUCUCUAUCUGGCCUUCCUUUCAUCACUUUACGUGGAUGCAAGCGAAUUGGAGAAGCAGUGAUCGUCGGUGGCAGAUACGAACUAGAUCUUGGACAGCAGGAUUUAGGUUCUCCUACUAUAGUGAAAAAACUAAUAUUAGAAAAUUCUUCUUUCGAACAAAUAUCAUAUCGUAUUAAAACUGUUUUUGCAAAUGAUCAAUCAUGGCUUAAAAUAAGUCGUACGGAAGGAACUUUGGAGCCAUCAGGAGGGGGUCACACUAUUACUUUAAGCUUCUCUACUAGUAUUAGAAAUGUUUAUUCGACAUAUUUAAUUGUUGAGAAUCUGAAUAAUCCUUCAGACACAAAAACAAUACGUGUUAUGAUGGAGGUUGUUGCACGACAGAAUCUAAGGCGUGGCGCAAAUACUCCCUUGGAGAAUAAUCAUGUGUUUGAUAUUUAUGUUAAUGGCGUUGACACUAGCCAAACGUGUAUAGAAAUGCUCAAUUUGUUUUAUGGAUCCGAGUAUUCAGCACGUAGUAUGGUGUUAUACAAUCGGGAGUCAGUUCCUUUAGAAUUCACGUUUCAAACAAACAUUGACAGUGAUGAUCUAUCCGAAAUUGUAUUUUCUACUUCUCGGAUGUCGGCCAAACUUUUCAAAACUCUGACUGUAGAUCCGGAGAGCAAUGUUCGUGUAUAUAUUCGGUUUCGUCCUUUACCUUCUAUCCAAAUUCAAGCUGCCAUUGAUCGUGGUGAAAAAAGAGAUCCGGACAAAAUAGAAGAAAAAAAUAUAGAAAUAUAUGUAAACUGUAGACUUGUCAAAGAUUAUCAACAAUCUGUCAUGCUUAAAGCAGAGUGUCGGAUGCCUUCUCUUCGCGUUCAAUAUAAUGAGUCGGAGGCAUUGAUGGGAAGAAUCUAUCGUUCCGAGUCUGAGGAAGAUUGGACAAUUGAAUUCGAUCAAAACUAUCGAGAAAUUCGACUCAAUAAUUUACUCGAUAUUCCAUUGGAAUAUGAAAUAGUCAAUGAUACAAUGUAUUUCACAUUGGAGAUUCCGGAUAAUAAUAAAAAAUUACUACCAAACUCGUAUCACGUUGUGAAAGUUCGACCUAAGUGUAUUGCGCUAAUAAAAAAUGCGGAAAAUGUUCGAAGGGAAAAAUACAUACAGGAAAAUAUCACAGUAUAUAAUAGAAAUCGACCUUCUGAAAAUUAUUGGAUUCCAUUACGAAUAAGUUUUGGACAUAUCUCGAAUUUUCAGCUCGCUUCUGGUUAUCGAAGCUCAUAUGCCUUUGGUAUGCUGGAAAAUCAUACUGUUUGCUUCCUUAGCGACUUUAACAGUAAUACACCCAUGUUUGAACUAUUGCUAACGACCGACGAUAAGGAAUUAAAAAGAAAAAUGGUAGAUCUUGAAUUCCAUUAUUUCUACAUCGUUGAUCAAUUAGUGUAUUAUGCUACCAUUAAAACUGGUGAAAAUUGGUUUCAAUUAGCGAGUUUAUUAUUUGGUUCGGUGCUUGGAAGUAAGAUAUUUCAAAAGUAUGCUCCCGCUUAUUUAAUGGAAUCCGAUAAUAUAGAGGAGAAAACACGAAUUUGGCCACCUCUUUUGGCAAAAUGGGUCUCACCUCUCAAUUAUUUUAUUUCCUUUUUUCCUUAUCGCAAUUCAAUGCUACAAACAUUAAAAGAUCUUCAUAAAAAUUUAAUAUUAUCUUCUCCGAUGCAUAGUAGAGGACAACAACAGGUUACUUGA